AUGAAUCCGGGUCACCAUCGCCCCGAUCCGAUUCAUCGCCAACACCGCCACCCUCAUCGGCGUCGCCGGGAGCGACAUCCAUCUCCACCCCAUCUCCGACGGCUACGAGGAAGGCGGAAUCGCUUCUGCCGAGGACGGCCAGACCUACUUCGACACGUUCCGGUGAGUGGGUUCCCAAACCCUCGUCGAUCUAGUUCGUCAACAGAGGAAUUCAGGCCACCCUGUCCACUUUGCGUCUACGACCCUCACCUUCCGUGGUGUCUCGACGUCGCCAAAACCCUCGGCUUCAUCGGAGUCGCCUUCUUCACUCAAUCAUGCGCCGUCGACGCCAUAUUCUCCCAUGUUCAUGACGGACUCCUCAAUCCUCUCGUCCAAACCCCAGAAAUGCUAACAAUUCCUGGAUUGACGCCAUUGAAGCCUCGAAAUCUUGCUUCUUUCGUUCAUGACGCAUCGUACCCGGCCUUCCUCGCCGCCAUGGUCGGUCAAUUCUCCAAUAUUCACAAUGCUGAUUGGGUUCUCUGCAAUUUGGUUUAUGAGCUGGAAACAGAGGCGGCGGAUUGGCCUGCGAAGCUCUGGGCAAAACAAUUGGGCCGACUACACCGUCGUUUUAUUCCGACAAGCAAUUGGUCGGCGACAGAGACUACGGUGUCAGCUUCUUCAAGCCGGAGAAUGGUGCUUGCAACGAUUGGCUUCAUACCAAGCCGAAAGGGUCUGUUGUGUAUGUGUCAUUAUUCAAAAGCAUGGCCAAUUUGGGAACAAAGCAAAAUGGAGGAACUCUGUUGUGAGGUGGAAAUUUUAAAUUUUAAAGUUUUUAAAUUUUUUAAUUGCCACGUCAUGCAUUUAACGGUCAACUAUAAGAGUUGA